AUGGUGUUGUUUGAAUCCAUCAACAGGCUAGCCGAUCCAAAUACGGGGGCCGGCCUCACAGGUAGCAGACGUAGACGAAUAUUUAUCCCUCCCUCGACUAAACGUCCAUUGUUCAGCUAUGGAGAAGGAGAAGACCAACGAUCGUUUUUGUCAUUGAUUGAAAAUGGGUCGGAGUUUGGAUCAGAGCAAGAUGUGAGUGACACUGCUAGUGUCAGCACUUCACGGUCGUUACCUGAUUCUUUAAGCAGUGCACAAGCCAGUGAAGAUCAAGAACUGUUUCAUUCUUGGUUAAUUGAAGAGCAUCAUCGACGCAUGUCGGCAGCCACUUCCGACGAAGACGAUUUAGAUCACGAUCAUAUAUUUGGAGAGAACAUCUAUGGAUCUGGAAGGAGGCGAACGAGUUUAAAAUCAUCGACGAGCUACGAUUUGGAUAAUUUUAUGAAUUUGAAAACCAAUUAUGUCAUUGAAAUGAAAGUCUUGCUUCGUCAUGCUGCACCUUUGAUUGUCACUUUUAUCCUUGAGCAUCUUUUUUCCAUUGUUUGUUUAAUAGUUGUGGGGAAAUUGGGGACUAAGGAGUUGGCAGCCGUCAGUUUGGCCACUAUGACGUCAACCAUAACAUUUGGGAUCUUUGAGGGGACAGCAACUGCGUUAGACACAUUGUGUUCUCAAGCGUAUGGAGCAGGAAAUUACGAAUUAAUGAGUAUUUACGUCCAGCGAUGUGUUUUGUUUUCAUGGGUGCUAUUUGUUCCCUGUGGCCUUUUGUGGUGGUUCAGUGCAUCCAUUUUACAAUUUAUUAUUGAUGAUGACAUUGUUGUACAAUUAACAUCUCAGUUUUUGAGAAUUUUAAUUGUGGGUGCUCCGGGGUAUAUUGUGUUUGAAAACGGGAAAAGGUUUUUGCAAGCACAAGGUAUAUUUGAAGCAGGGACGGGGGUUUUGUUCAUCAGUGCACCAAUAAAUAUAUGUUUAUCUUGGUUCUUGGUUUGGAACAAAACUUAUGGGUUGGGAUACAUUGGUGCACCUAUUGCGACUGCUCUCAAUUUUUGGUUCAUGUCGUUUUUGCUUGUAUUGUACGUAAGGUACAUUGACGGAAAGAAAUGUUGGUAUGGACUCGCCAAAGUGUCAGAGUUAUUGACUGACUGGAGCCAAUUUGCUCAUUUAGCUCUUCCCGGAGUCAUUAUGAUUGAGUCGGAAUAUUUGGCGUACGAAAUAAUGACCCUCUUUGCAUCAUAUUUCGGCACUAAACCACUUGCUGCGCAAAGUGCGGUGUCAAGUAUAGCAUCGUUAUCGUAUAUGAUUCCAUUUGCUGUUAGUAUUGCAGCAUCAACACGUAUAGCCCAUUUCAUUGGUGGUCAGAAUAUGGAUGGGGCAAUUAUUGCCACUAGAGUCGCCAUGCUUGGUGGCUUCGUCGUGGCCAGCGUCAAUUGUUUGAUAUUUCUCACAUUUAAAAAGCAAUUAGCACUCAUAUUCACUAACGAUGCAGAUGUCAUUGGAUUGAUAGAGAAUUUACUUGAUCCUUUGGUUGCCGUUUUGCAGGUGUUUGAUGGAGUGGCCUGUGUCGACAGUGGAAUCUUAAGAGCACAAGGGCUACAAAAAAUUGGAGGUGUGAUAAACUUGAUUGCAUAUUAUGCGUUUGCAUUACCAUUGGCUUUAAUUUUGAGUAAAAAUUUAGGCUAUGGCCUUGUUGGAUUGUGGAUUGGAAUCGGUAGUGGUAUGGUUGUUAUUUCACUAAGCGAAACAUUUUUCAUUUUGUUUAGUGAUUGGGAUCAGAUAUUGAUGCAGGCUGGGCUACUCAACGAUUCAGACGAGGAAGGGGAUGACGAGUCUGUGUGA